CUCUGCUCGAUUGAUCUAUCUUCUUCUUCAACAGGUCAGAGAUAUUUCCAGUAGCUGCUGCCAUUGAUUCUCCAACCUUCAGCAUUCCACUCCCGUGAGCUGGAGCUGUCUCUUUCUCGCCAUGGCAAUAGCUUCCUCUUUCUCUCUCCUCCCGUCUUCCUUCUCAAAGACGCCCCUCGCCGCUCCCAGAGUCAGCUUCCCUUCUCGCAUCCUUUUCUUCAACCGGGAGCUGAAGUCUCGGGCCUCCUCGGCCCUCUGUUCAAUGAGCGCCGCCGUCUCGUCCUCCCCAGCCGGCGCCACCGUCGGAGAGGACCUUCCCGUGGACUACGCCGACUGGGUCCCCGUUGCGGGGCCCGCCCAGAGGAGGCGAGCCGGUGUGCUGCUCCACCCGACGUCGUUGCCCGGUUCGUACGGGAUCGGGGAUCUCGGGGAGGAGGCACUGAGGUUCCUCGACUGGCUCCACGACGCGGGCUGCUCAAUUUGGCAGGUUCUUCCUCUUGUGCCCCCAGAUAAAGGAGGAUCUCCUUAUGCAGGGCAGGAUGCGAAUUGUGGCAACACCCUUUUGAUAUCUCUGGACGAGCUGGUUAAGGAUGGUUUGUUGAAAAAGGAUGAGCUGCCGGAACCAGUCGAGCAGACCCGAGUGAACUUUUCAGCCGUUGCUGAACUAAAGGAUCCUUUGAUUGCAAAGGCUGCACAGAGGCUUGUCCAGAGCAAAGGAGAUCUCAAAUGUCAAUUAGAAGAAUUCCGUGGUGACCCUAGCAUAUCAAGUUGGCUUCAAGAUGCAGCUUAUUUUGCUGCUAUUGAUGACACCCUGAAUACAUUCAGCUGGUAUUUCUGGCCUCAACCAUUAAAAGAGCGCCACCUGCUUGCACUGGAAGAAAUUUACCAGAAGAAACUGGAAUUUAUAGAUGUUUUCAUUGCAAAACAAUUUCUGUUCCAAAGGCAGUGGCAGAAAGUUCGCAACUAUGCUCGAAUGAAAGGUAUUGGUAUAAUGGGAGACAUGCCUAUAUAUGUUGGAUAUCACAGUGCAGAUGUUUGGGCAAAUAAGAAACAAUUCUUGUUGAACAGGAAAGGUUCUCCCCUUCUUGUUAGUGGUGUUCCUCCAGAUGCUUUUAGUGAAACUGGUCAAUUGUGGGGGAGUCCUUUGUAUGACUGGAAAGAAAUGGGAAAAGACGGGUUUUCAUGGUGGGUCCAACGUUUGCGGCGAGCUCAAGAUCUGUAUGAUGAGUUCAGAAUAGACCAUUUCAGAGGAUUUGCAGGCUUUUGGGCUGUUCCUGCUGAAGCGAAAGUUGCUACAGUUGGACGAUGGAAGGUGGGACCUGGCAAAUCCUUGUUUGAUGCUAUUUCUAGAGAUCUUGGACUGAUCAAUAUUAUAGCAGAGGAUUUGGGAGUUAUCACUGAGGAUGUAGUUCACCUUCGAAAAUCAAUUGGGGCACCUGGAAUGGUUGUUCUCCAGUUUGCGUUUGGGAGCGACGCUGAUAACCCUCAUUUGCCUCAUAACCACGAGCAGAAUCAAGUUGUAUACACUGGGACCCAUGACAAUGACACAGUUAAAGGAUGGUGGGACAAUUUGAAGGAAGAAGAGAAGUCCCACGUGCAAGAGUAUCUCUCGAUCACCAAAGAUGACAAUAUCUCGUGGGCAAUGAUCAAAGUUGCACUAUCUUCUGUGGCCCGUAUCGCAAUCGUGCCCAUGCAAGAUAUUCUUGGUCUUGGAAACUCUGCUCGAAUGAACACACCUGCGACUAUGUUUGGGAACUGGGAUUGGAGGCUACCAAGUUCAAUGAGCUUCGACCGCUUGGAGAAGGAAGCUGCCAAUCUGAGAGAUCUACUUUCAAUCUAUGGGCGGUUAUAGAGCCAAGAAGUCUGCAUCGGUCCUGGUAUAUGUUAUAGGAGCAAUCAAUAAAUCAGGGUCGAUAAAUUGGGAAGGAACUACGUGAAGAGAACUUGCUGUAUAAUUCGAGCAGACAACACUAUCAUCUUGCUGCACGAUUUGCUCCAAAACAUGGAUCCACUUCAUAUUAUGUAUCAACAGGGAAAGAAUGAAAUAAGCGACUGCAGGUCUUUGGUGUACGAAUAAUAACAAAGCUCGAUCGAAUGUUCAGAACUUGAGUCGAGUUUGAACUCAAAUGACAAAUGUAUGAGGAGAUGUUCUCAACUAAAGGGAGUUUGUUUA